UGUACUCAUAUCUCUCAAGCUCAAAAACUAUCUAGAGUUCAACCAAUCCUCCUCAUCAUUCUUCCUCUGAUCGUACGUACAUGGGUGUUUUCACUUACGAGGCUGAGACCACCUCCGUUAUCCCACCGGCUAAGCUGUUCAAGGCGUUUUUCCUCGAUGCUGACAACCUCAUCCCAAAGGUUGCACCUCACGCCGUUAAGAGUGCUGAAAACAUUGAAGGAAACGGAGGGCCGGGAACCAUCAAGAAGAUCACCUUCGGGGAAGGCAGCCAAUUCAAGUACGGGAAGCACAGAAUUGAUGAGGUUGACCAGGAAAACUUCACAUUCGGCUACACCGUGAUUGAGGGUGAUGCUUUGAGCGACAAACUUGAGAAAAUCUCUAAUGAGAUCAAGAUACUGGCAGCCCCCGAUGGAGGAUCCAUCUUGAAGAGCACCAGCAAGUACUACACCAAUGGAGACCAUGAGAUUAAGGAAGAGCAAUUUAAGGCUGGCAAAGAAAACGCGACGGGAGUUUUCAAGGCUAUGGAGAGCUACCUCUUGGCAAAUCCUGAAGCCUACAACUAAAUUAGCUUAUGAGUUGGAGUGAUCGUUGUUGCUUGCAUGGUGUUUUGUGUUUAGCCAAUACUGGCUCGUUUGUGCUUGCUAAUUAAUAAUAUAUACUGGCUUCGUUGGUCAAAGUUUUUGCUUUUUGCCUU